AUGUUGAAUGCAAGAGGAACACGAAUGUUGAGUGCCAGUAAGUGGAACUCGAAAGUAUUGGCUAGAGCUGCCUUUCAAGGAAGUCGCACCACAACAAGGUACGCAAGUACCACGAUUACUAAUGGCGUUGGUACCACUUUGAAUGAUAGAAAUAUUAUAAACAAUGAACAAUCUGAUUGGGAGCAAUUUCAAAAACAAUCCAAAGAUUAUCGUUUGCAAAAUGAAUUGAAAACUUUGGAGACUCAGUGGUUAAAUGGAUUGAUCGAAAAAGCAGCUAAGAAUCCACCAACUAAAAAUGAACCGUUACCGAAUGAAGACUCAACAGAGACAGUUGAGAAAAAUGAAGAAGACAUCGAUUCUGAUAAACCAGUUGAAAAUGAUAGCACUCCUGUUUCUGAACCGCUUAAAAAUGGAAAUGCUACGGAUGGCAAAGCCUCGAUAUCUUCCACUGGUGGAAGUUCCUCUGUCCCUCCUUCAAAUAAUGGAAAUGACAGUAACGGUGAUGGCGAUGUUCCAAAUAAUAGUGCAACAAAGAUGAAUGGCAUACCAAAAUUGUAUCCACAAAUGCUAGCAUUGCCUAUCUCGAAACGUCCUUUGUUUCCAGGAUUCUAUAAAGCGGUUGUCAUUUCUGAUGAAAGGGUGAUGAAAGUAAUUAAGGAAAUGUUAGAACGCCAACAACCGUAUAUCGGUGCAUUCAUGUUGAAAGAUUCAAAACUAGACACAGAUGUGAUUGAUAAUCUAGAUGAUGUUUACAAAGUGGGUGUGUUUGCUCAAAUCACCAGUACUUUUCCGUCAAAAGAUGAACAAACUGGAGCUGAGACAAUGACUGCUCUAAUCUAUCCUCAUAGAAGAAUUGUUAUUGAUGAACUAAUUCCACCGAAUAAGAAUGUGUCAGAAAAUACUCAAAUUAGCAAAGUCACUGAUGCUAACGCCAACACGUUAAAGAAAAUUGAUACUGGUGUCGAUCAUAGUACAGAAAUUCAUAGUGAAAUGGUAAGUGAUAUACAAUCCGGAUCAGUUGAUAAAAAACCCCUCGAUGAAAGUGAAUUAGUCCCUGAUGAGGAUAAUGAUGAUUUAGAUGAAGAAGUUACUAAUCCAACAGACUUUUUAAAAAAUUAUAAUGUUUCCUUAGUAAACGUAUCAAAUAUAGAAGAUGAAGUAUUUGAUAGGAAAUCGCCAGUAAUUAAUGCAUUGACUUCAGAAAUUUUAAAAGUUUUCAAGGAGAUAUCACAAUUGAAUACUAUGUUUAGAGAACAGAUUGCCACAUUUUCAGCUUCCAUUCAAUCUGCUACUACAAAUAUAUUCGAAGAACCUGCUAGAUUAGCUGAUUUUGCUGCAGCAGUAUCUGCCGGUGAAGAAAAGGAACUGCAACUGAUUUUAGAAUCUUCCAACAUCGAACAUCGUUUAGAGAAGUCAUUGUUAAUAUUAAAGAAAGAAUUAAUGAAUGCUGAAUUACAGAAUAAGAUUUCAAAAGAUGUUGAGACUAAAAUUCAGAAAAGACAAAGGGAAUAUUAUUUGAUGGAACAAUUAAAGGGUAUUAAGAGAGAACUUGGUAUAGAUAACGGCCGUGACAAAUUAAUUGAUUCAUUCAAGGAGAAAGUAGAAAAAUUAACGUUACCAGAUGCAGUUCAAAAAAUAUUUGAUGAUGAAAUAACAAAGUUAUCAACAUUGGAAACUUCAAUGUCUGAAUUUGGUGUUAUUAGAAAUUACUUAGAUUGGAUUGUCUCUUUACCCUGGGGAAUAAACUCUAAAGACCAAUAUUCUAUAUCAUCUGCAAGAACUAUACUUGAUGAAGACCAUUACGGUAUGAAAGAUGUCAAAGAUCGUAUUUUAGAGUUUAUUGCUGUCGGAAAAUUAUUAGGUAAAGUUAACGGGAAAAUAAUAUGUUUUGUCGGACCACCAGGUGUUGGUAAAACUUCUAUUGGUAAAUCUAUUGCUCGUUCAUUAAAUAGGCAAUUUUUUAGAUUCUCAGUAGGUGGUAUGACAGAUGUUGCAGAGAUCAAAGGUCAUAGAAGAACAUAUAUUGGUGCAUUACCAGGUAGAAUAAUACAGGCUUUGAAAAAAACUGAAACACAGAACCCUUUAAUUUUAAUAGAUGAAAUCGAUAAAAUCGGCCACGGUGGUAUUCAUGGAGAUCCAUCAUCUGCCUUGUUGGAAGUUUUGGAUCCAGAACAAAACAGUAGCUUUUUGGAUAAUUAUCUAGAUAUACCAAUUGAUCUUUCUAAAGUCCUAUUUGUCUGCACCGCUAAUACACUAGAUACUAUUCCUCGUCCUUUAUUAGAUCGUAUGGAAGUUAUUGAACUAUCAGGUUAUGUUGCUGAAGAAAAAAUCAAAAUUGUUGAGCAAUAUUUAGCUCCGGCUGCAAAGAAAUCUGCAGGAUUGGAAUUUACCGAUAUCACUUUAACAAAAGAUGCCAUUUCAUCAUUAAUGAAACAUUAUUGUAGGGAGAGUGGUGUUAGAAAUUUGAAAAAACAUAUCGAAAAGAUUUAUCGUAAAGCUGCUUUAAAUGUUGUUAAAUCACUUGGUUCAGCAGAAACGCCAUCGGCAACUGGUAAUCAGAGUGCCGAAACUGAUAAUUCAAAUAAGGAAUCUCAAGUAUCAGAAAAGAAAGUUAAUAAAGGAAAGAAUUCUCAAGCUGCAUUGGAGGAAAAGCCAUUGGAUGUCCCUAAAGAGAUUAAGAUUGUGGUUGAUGAGGAUAACUUGAAGGAUUAUGUUGGAGCUCCUGUGUUUACAACUGAUAGAAUAUACGAGCAACCUUCUCCUGGUGUAAUUAUGGGAUUAGCCUGGACAAGUAUGGGAGGUUGCUCAUUAUAUGUAGAAUCAGUAUUAGAACAACCUUUAGAACGUUGUAAACAAUCUAGUUUAGAGCGUACUGGACAAUUGGGUGAUGUGAUGAAGGAGUCCUCUCGUUUAGCAUAUUCAUUUGCAAAAAUGCAUUUAGCACAAAAAUUCCCUGAAAAUAGAUUUUUUGAGAAAGCUUCGAUUCAUUUACAUUGUCCUGAAGGUGCAACACCUAAGGAUGGCCCAUCUGCUGGUGUAACAAUGGCCUCGUCGUUCCUAUCAUUGGCUUUAAAUAAACCUGUUGAACCAACAAUAGCGAUGACAGGUGAGCUAACUUUAACUGGUAAGAUUCUACGUAUUGGUGGAUUAAGAGAAAAGACAGUUGCUGCUAAAAGAUCAGGUGCAAAGACGGUUAUUUUCCCUAAAGAUAACAUGAAUGAUUGGGAAGAAUUGCCUGAUUAUGUUAAAGAUGGACUAACUCCAGUUGCUGCUGAUUGGUAUGAAGAUGUAUUCGAAGUUUUAUUUCCUUCAGUAACUGAAAAAGAAGGAAAUGAGGUUUGGAAAUCUCAAUUUGAAAAAAUUGAUGCCAAGAAGGAGAAGGAAUAA